AAAGUCUGUCGUCUGCUUGGUUUUAUUGUUGUUUCUUUUUUUUUUUCUCUUCCUUUCAGCAUCCGUUAAUCUAAUUAGAGCACGUCUUGUUUGUUCAGCCUUGGUUUGAUAUUACCCUUCAAGGAAAUACGCUCAAUUGUGUACCCGUAACAUUUGCAUACACGAGAGGAUUCGUCCCAUUAUGCAGUACAACCCGCACUGACGAAAUAAAUUAGUGCAUUUGAUAUUCGUAAUGACAUCGCUCCAUUCUUCUGUCCCUUCCAUUGAAGUCGAACUCUCAAUAUCAGCAAGGCUCCUGCUCGAGAAUGAUGCGUCCCUCAAACCUGAUCCUCUAUGUGUGGUAUUCAACCACCCCUUUGGCCGGGGUUGGCAGGAAUAUGCACGCACAGAGAUAUUGAGGGAUGUUGUCAACCCAGAUUUCCACAACAAAAUCAAAAUCCAUUACUGCUUUGAGGAAGAACAAAAACUCAAGUUCCAGAUAUUUGACACCGAUAGUUGCAGCCAUUCAUUAAGCAAGCAUACCUAUGUGGGUAAAGUAGAAUGCACAUUGGCCGAUAUCGUUACCGUUCAAGCCUACACUGCCGACAUAAUGCUCAAUGGCGUCAAGCAUGGCCAGCUCAUUAUUACUGUAAUGGAUGUGAGCCACAAUCGAGAGGAGCUGGAGCUAAUUUUCUCAGCUAGCCAUCUUCGCAAGAGUGGGCUUUCUUUUUCGCUUCCUGACCCCUUUUUGGACAUUCUCAGUUCAAAGAAAACACUCAUGAAACGGACAACCUACUUGUCUAACACGAAGAACCCAGUUUGGCCUGCCAUAUCCGUACCCUUCCGUGUUCUACGGAACAAUCGCGGUGAAUACAAACAGCUAACCCUUCAGUGCUAUCAUCAUUGCAAAGAUGGUCAUCAUCAGCUUCUUGGAGAAACCGAAAUUCACGCCCGCCAAUUGCUAGAAGCUCCAGUUUCGUUUCCACUAAAGAAAAGUCAUUCCAGCAAAGCUGUAAUUGAAUUGACUACUAGCAAGACGAAACGUGUACAUUCCUUCCUCGAUUAUAUUUCUAGUGGGACCAAACUGCACUUCACUUUUGCAAUCGACUUCACUGAUUCCAACGGUGAUCCGCAUAAUCCAACGAGUUUACAUCAUAUUGGGCGAGAUCCCACGCAAUAUGAGCUUGCAAUGAGAGCCAUCGGAGACGUCAUUCAGGAUUACACUGGGGAAAUGUUUUCGUUGCUCAAUUUCGGCGCCCGCUCGGCUCCAGUUUCACACGAAUUGCACGUUCGUGGCGUAGAGGGCGUCAUUAAUGCUUACCGCUCUUGUCUGCAUUCGAUUCAAUUGGGCCAGACGGGAUGCCUCAGUCCUCCAAUUGAGCACGUCGCACGCUCAGCCAAAAAACAUUUGGAAUGGCGUGGACUCGAUUGCGAUGACUACUUUGUACUGGUUAUUUUGACUUGCAGAGAAAUUGCCGACACCAACCAAGUUGCGAAGGCGAUUACAGAAGCGUCGGAGCUUCCAAUGUCGGUAUUGAUCGUUGGGAUCGGACCGACUUCAUUCACAUCGGUGAAUCGGCUAGAAGAGGAUAUACAAAAGCUCAGCCAAAGUGGCCGUAAUGCGGCGAGAGAUGUUGUUCAGUACGCCCAGUUCAACGAGUUUUUAGAGAAAUAUGACGUCACGGCGGGUGGUUUUCAACUGGCCAAGCACAUGCUGGCAGAUAUUCCUGAGCAGAUAGUGUCGUACAUGAAAAUGAAGGGUAUUUUACCAAAGAACAAGGGGAUAUUGUGUCCACUCUCAAUUAAGAAUUAAAGCCAAAGCCUUAGUUAAGACAUUUGAUAUAUUUCCAUUUUUAUUGUCUAAUUGUUCAUGCAACGAUAGAUUCCAGCUGAGUGAUUAUAGGAUUAUCACUUGAAUUUCAUAUUUACUUUUUUCACUUGGGUGGCUGUGCAUUUUGGGAAUCAUUGUAAUCUUUAUGCCACUGAAGGUUAUUCUUAGUGAGGGUUUCUCCUCUCCCGGCAGCUUUUUUCCCACUUUGAGCUGCCAGUAAUGCUCCAACCAAGCAGAUGGCUAUGAUAGAUAGGUUUACUCUUAUCCUCAUAAUGUUUCUAGCCUUUUCCAUCAUGUCUCUCCUAAAUUGUAUUUCAUGUUUCAUGCUUGAGACUUUUUGCCAAAUUAAUUCAAUUUUCACUUACGAUACAUA